ACUUACAAGUCUCAUUGUGAUCCGUUUUUACUUUAGAUCAAGCGCCUACUUUCGUUUUGAAUAUGGCAUGAUAGACUCUAGAAGACUUAAGAUUCUUAUAAAGCAUUAGACACGAGAUCUAGAUCUACUUAGGAUACAAAUUUAUUUUUAAUAACUAAUCUGGAUAUAAUAACAUAAAAUAAUAGAACUAGAAUCUAGUCCGUAGUCUCAGAGGCUAGGUCUGCUGCUGAGUGUACAACUACUAACAACAAAAUUAAUGAAUGAGGAAUGACAGAGUCGAAUGGUCGGAUUGAAUGAAUGCUCUAGUCUAACUCCAGUAGAUACGAGAGCUCAGAAUUAGAUCCAUUCUAUUAUUUCUACGUAGACUGAGUUUCUAGAAUAUUUUCUAGACUCUAGAGAUCUAGAAUUUAAAGACAUUUUUAUAUAUCUACUUUUACAAGUCAACACCGGCUGGCCCAAAAAAAAGGAGGGGGGGGGGAACACCUGAUUAGAACUGGUUCUGUCAUUUUGUUAUAGAUCUUAUAGAUCUAGACCCCCAGAGUCCAGAUUAUUUAGUAAGACAUGAUUCACUAUCUGAAAUAAAAUCGUCAUUCAAGGUACCAGUACACUGUAGGAAGCAAGAAAUAAAUUUAAGGUCCAAAGAAAACCUGGCUGGACAAUGAUGAGAAAGAAUGGACAGAUCUCUCUUGAUAUUCUUCAAAGGUGGACAGUUGAUGUUGUUCAGAAAAGAGGUUUUGGCAACUUCUGGUUAUUACAGGGUCACAGCAUCCAUACUUUUCCCUACUUUCCAUAAAAGGCAAUGGACUGAUGAUGAUUAAAGCUACCCGGUACUAGAAAAAAAACUUACCGGUAGUUGAAUUAAAAAUUGUUUGUAAAAUGUUUUCCAUGUUUCGGAUGUUCCUUCAGGAUGACUGGGGAUGGGCGCGGGCAGGGUUUGAAACCGGGAUCAUUGAUAAGUCCGAACAACAGUCCAGUGCGCAAGUAAAUCUAGAUUUUAACAGAAGCUAAAUUUAUUUGAAGCUAGAUUAAAUAGUUUAAAUAAAGUUAGAGGUCUUCUAGAGUCUAGAUUCCAAAUUGCUCUAUAGAUCAUAAACUCAGAAAAACUUUCAACAAGUAUUCAGAGAUUAAUCAAUUUUUAGGCUAGGCCUUCUAAAAUUCAAUGAAUUAAAAACAUUCUUUGAUUCUAAAUUUACUGAGUUAGAUCUCACACUAACUUCCCUUGACAUAGAUUAUGGAUAUGCAUAACCAUAGACCAUAGAACAUAUUUGAACAUAAUUAUCUUUUUUGAAAGAACUUGUGUAAUUUUAAGAUGUUCUCUCAAAUAAGAUGUUAACUUGACUUGUUCUUGGCUUAUCCUAGAUGUACAUGUAUAGAAUGCUGGUAUGUACAGUAAAGAGGGACUGUUUAUAUGCUGGGCAGGGCAUAUGGGGAAUGACAGUAUGCCAAAGGCAAUCUUACAUCUUUUUUGGUGAGAUAAAUGUGGUCGGCGUAACAGAGGUUCCCCCCGUAAAUUCUUUAGACCAAUUUAGGCGCCAACUUGCUUUAAUUGACACAGAAGAAAGCACCUGGCAGCAGUUGGCUUCCAAACAAGACUGCUGGAGGUUUCUUACAAAGGUGGCGGGAUACACACUUGAGACCAAACGAGAAGCCACUGCUGAUGACAAGUAGACACAUCAAACAGAAAACCUAAAGCAACCACCAGUGGACAACGGUUAUGUUUGUGCUGGAUGUGGCAAAAUAUACUGAAGCUAAUAAUGACCAGAGAUGGAGAAAGUGUCUGUGAAGAAACUCAUAUGACAUCCGAUAACUGUAUUUUAAUGAGUUUACCAUUGAUGGAGGGGUCAGAGGUCAGCAUGUCUGGAAUGAAGAGCUUAGACGAUGAAGACUUAGAAGAUAUGGUGAAGGUUGAAGAUGACGAUGAUGAUGUGAACCAAAUGUUAUCUGUUGUCAAUGGAGGAGAUGUUAUCCAAAACAACCACUCUACACUGCAGUCCUUGCUGUCUACACCAGUCUCUAGUGGCUUCACAGCACCAGAGGGCAUGCAGGUGGUCACAGCACAAGAAUUUUUAAACUUGGGACUUGCCACUGAAGGGGGUGAAGGCCUGGUUCACAUUGUACCUACAAACACUAGUCUAGGCACUAAGUAUAUUGGAUUGAUUGCUAUCGCUAAUCCAAGUCUAUUAGCUAAUGGCAAGCAAUUAGGUUUUUCAGGAUUUGAGACAGCUGAUUCCUCAGAUCUCCAUUCUGCUACUGUGGAGGGCAUGGCAGCUAUAUUGAUGCCACCCCCACAAGAAGUGCUGCCUGUAAAUUGUCCAGCCUGGGCCAUGAGACUGAAAAAAUGUGAGAAAAUUGGUGAUUCUUACCGUGGCUAUGUUGAGACUGAGACAGAACUGGACAUGGUGUUGACUCAGCACAAACAACAGACCAGUAGCUUCUGGGGCACACGCCAGUCUCCUAGUCCUGCUAAAACCUCCACAAGAUUAAUGUGGAAAUCUCAGUAUGUUCCAUUUGAUGGGAUUCCGUUUGUCAACACAGGCAGUCGAGCUGUUGUAAUGGAAUGUCAAUUUGGUCCUCGCAGACGAGGAACUCUAGGAAAACGAGGAUCAUCACAAAAUUCAUCUGGUGAAUUUAAGCAAACUUGUCCAGCUCGUAUCUACAUAAAAAAAGUUCGCAAAUUUCCAUCUCACUCUGUGAAUCUAAAUUUAGACAAAAAGAGCAUUCGUCUAGCAAUGGACAAAGCAUUUCAUGAACUACGUGAACAAGGUUUAGAUAGGUGGGGAGAAGAAAGGUAUUAUGUUCAGUUGCCAACUUUAAAAGCUCAUGAUUACCACGAAUGUAAACAGGACAGCAGUUCAUCUCUAAUUUUGGAGGAAACUAUGAAUGUUGGCGAUGAGCAAAACCUUGGUGCUCGAAUACACCCAUCGGUCUUGGAGAAACUUAGACAAAUGGUGGCUGGAGGAGAGACUCGGCUUUAUUAUAUCAGAAAACAGUUGCGGAGAUUUGUUUUAAAAGAACUGUUCCAGUGUCCUGGCUCUGUCCCAGAACGUCAUGAUCUAACUAUGUUUCCUACAGUCAAUGACUUGAAGAAUCACAUUCAUCAAGCUAUGAAGGAUAUAGAGAGUGGGUUGCUGCCCCUUACAACUUGUGUGGCAAGUGUUGAAAGUAUGCAGGUCAGUGAGUCAAAUGCCGAAGAUCAAGAUUCAUCUGAUAAUAAACAUGAGUUAUGUUCCCUUUGGGCCAAUGGCAGUUUGUCUUCUGGAGCCAUGCCUGAGACUGUCACUGUAACUCUUACACAAAACCCUGAACAAGAUGGUCAUCACAUUAUUUCUCGAAUUGAAACUCAUCUGAGUGAUGGUACCACCCAGGUCAGCACAACCUUAACACCAGAAACCGCUCAGCUUUUGUCUAGAUUACAUCCUGGUCUAUUUCCUGCUGGAAGUUUGUUACAGAUUGACACAUGUAAUAACUCCAGUGCAAAUGGUGCUGCUGAUUCAAUUCAAGAAAACCCUGUGAGUGAUGUCAGCAGUGACUUGGUAGAUGGAGAUGGUACUCACACUAUAUUAGACUCGUUGGAUUCUAGUCAAAACAUUUCAGGUCUCAUAGACACUGACCCAACAGACCUGUCCAGUAUAGUUCACUCACAACCUGACUUAAAUACACUUACUGGUGCAAGUCUCUCUGUACUUAGAUCUGUGCAUACUGCGACCAUCUCUGAACUGGUUUCUUCAGGAGCUGCUGGUAUUAGCAUAGUGACAGGAUUGCCAAAUACUUUGGCAAUAGUUACCUGUAAAUCAGACACUGCAGGCACUAUGGCUUUUGAUUCUUCUGACAGUGAUAGCAACCAACUGACUUUAGUUGAAAAUGAUGAUCAUCAUGGCAAGUUAACAGAACAAGAGCUUGGAAUGGCAAGAUUAGAACAUCGUGUAUCUGAUUUAUGAUCAGUUGAAUCAGUCUAUUUAUUGCAUUGACCGAAUCAAUAGACAAUCUCUCUUUGUGAUCAUUUGGAGUUGUAAAUUCUGCCACGUGGGAUCAUUCUAUAGUUUCUAUUUGUGGCUAAAGAAAUAUACAUUUUUACAAUAUAGAUCUACAAGUUUACCAAGAGAUUGUUAGAUUUUUAAUGAAUGUUAAAGUGACUCUUAUCACUAAAGGUAACUUAUCUGUCCGAUUAUAGCAUACAGUUAUUUUUUUUUUUGUGAAAACUUUCAAACACAUGAAGAAGCUUUGAGUGUUUAAGUGGAAUACUAGUGUUCAGAAGUUUACAAGUUUUGACCUCAUUUUUGUAACAAAUUAAUUUUAAGAUGCUAGUUAAUUUUUGUUCAUCAGUUAAUUUAUGUUGAUCAAAUAUGUACGUACUAUACAGUUCAAUUACCCAUGCAAUUAUAUAAUUAUAAUAAUAGUAAAUUACUUUGUGAGACUUUAUCUGUUUACUUUUUCUUGUGUAGAUCCAAGUGUUACAUUGAAUUUCUUGGCAUUAUGUCUGCUGUAUAUUCUGUAAAUAUAUUUAUAGUCUGUAAUUAUGUAUAUAAGUAGUAUUUGUUGAAGAUGGUUAUGCUUACCAGUAAUUCAUACAAGUAUUUAUUAGUGACCUAUUGUUGUGACAAUGUGAUGUCACUUAAGUUUUUUUUUACCAUUGACACUAGACCUUGACCUAGUUAGUAAUUGAGGCAAUUCAAUAAAAUUUUGUCAUUCAGUG